UCAAGUUAUUAUCAAUACCUUAAUUGUUUCAAAUUAUAGGAUUCAGGACAAUAUUUUUUUUUUAUUGGAGUGAUUGUACUUUGUAGCGUUAAUUUUAUUGGUUGUUUCAUUGCUAUCGAUCGGUUAUUUUCGGGUGAUCGGUAAUUUGAUAAUUUCAAAUGUAUAAUGAUUUAAUUUUUUCCCCCUCACAAUGUAGAUGAUUUACUUAAUUAUUGUAUCUCCAACUUCUCUCAGGCGUUGAUGCCCCGUCGUAGUUCUUUCAUUUUUAUUUUUCAAACCGCUAAUUGAGGUGCCCUUAUAUAAUGACAUAUAUAUUGAAAUUCUUCAAUUGGAUGUCCGAGUACAGUAAGUCAGUAAGCAACAGCUGAUUUUAUUGUUGUAUACUAUCAGUGGCGUAGCCAGGAUUUCGUUUAAGGGUGAGUCCACCUAAUAAAAAAAAUACAUAUGAUAAAAUAGUUUUUGUUAAUAUAAUCUUAAAUUGAAAUUUUUUGGUAAAUUAAAAUACAUUAGUAGUAAAAAAAAUAUCAAGAAUAUCAUUCUGCGUACCAAACAAUUAUUGAUUUAGUUAGUCGUACACUCGUACUGUUUCAAAUGGUCUUCUUUGUUAAUAACCGUCGGUAUCAAUAAAUCGAGUUGUUGAUAGAGGUUUAAUAAUAAAUCCUAAACCAAUCAAUAAUUCAUGAUUUAGCUUUCGAUUAAUGUUCUUUGUAAAAAAAAAUUAGUAUCAACAAAUCGAGUUGUUGGAAGAGAUUAAAUAAUAUAUAUGAUACCAUUUACUAACAUGCUCCCUCAUAAGAAAAUCAACUUAUACGAAAUUGAAGUUUGCACAAAUAUGUAUACCGUAUUGGAUUCAAACACAAGAAUACUAUUAUCAAUUAAAUGUGAUCUACUUUUCGAUUUCAAUUAAUUAUCGUAUUUUAUUGGAGUGAUUGUACUUUGUAGACUUGUGGUGCAAGACAUGCAACCUUCCUCUUUUCCCCUUUCAUGUUGAGGCAUCCAUAGAAAAAAAGUUGUGAGGACUUGAGUGAAGAACUUUUACUAGCGUUAAUUUUUCUCUACGUGGUUGUUUUAUCGGUAUUGAUAGGUUAUUUUGGAGGUAUUUUUACUCGUGGUCGGUAAUUUGAUAAUUUCAAAUGUAUAAUGUUUUAAACUUUUUUCCCCCUCGCAAUGUAGAUGAUUUACUCAAUUAUUGUCUCCAACUUCUCUAUGACGUUGAUGCCCCGUCGUAGUUCACUCAUUUUUAUUUUUCAAACCGCUAAUUGAGGUGCGCUUAUAAUUAAUGACAUGUAUUGAAAUUCUUCAAUUGGAUGUUCGAGUACAGUUAGUGCUGUCAAUUUGGUUUGAUUUGGUUAACCAAACCAUUAAGUAUGAAAAACCAAAACAAAAAAUCAAAUCCCAAAAACCAAAACCAAAAAGGUCCUUAUUGGUUUUUGGUUGUCGAAAACCAAUAAGAGCCUUAAGGGUUUUGGUUUUGGUUUGGAUAACCAAAAAACCAACACAGACUCAUACACUCAUAUUUAUUCUCAUUUUCCUCCUUUGUAUUUAAUAAACGUCAUUAUAAUGGUAAAUGACCAUUACAAAUUAUUGGUUGGCAUGCAUGUCAAAAGAAACAAAAAAAUAUUAUUUAUUGAUAAAUAAUUUUAUUCUUAUUAGUUUUUCGGUUUUAACCGAAUAAAAUCCAUUAAGUUGCUUAUUGGUUUGAAACCGAAAAAAUGAAACCAUUAGCUUUCUAAUUGAUUUGGUUUCGGUUAAACCAAAACCAAAUGAAAAUCCCUAAGUAUAGUAGUAAGCAAUAACUGAUUUUAUGUUGUAUACUAUAUGUAUGUGAUAAAAUAACUUGUUGAGAAAAAAAUUAAGCGACCAUUUGUACUCAUGUGGUAUCCCCAAUGCAAAAAGGUGAGCAGACUGGAGGAUGAGAGCCAUCAAAUAAGUAUAGUGAAAAUUUCAGGAAAAGUGGAUUAUCAAAAGAAUAAAUGUGUAACAGUUCCCAUAUUCGCAGCCAUCAAAUGACCAAAUCAGGAGGCGGCAAAAGUACAUGUCUUCUCUUCUCUCAAUUCCUUACUUUCUUUUCGGGUAGGUAGAUGCCACAUUUGGUCAUUAGGAUUACUAAAUCGUGUCAUGUUUAAUCACUAGUAAAAUUUAAUAUCAAUUUUGAUCACUCGAAUUACUCAAACAUGUCGCAUUUGGUCACUCUCCCGUUCGAGUGACCAGAGUUGGACGGAGGCUAACGGAAGAGUGACUAAAUGUGACCUGUUUCAGUACUCGAGUGACCAAAAUUGAUAUUAAAUAUUUCUGGUGACUAAACAUGACACGAUUUAGUAAUCUCAGUGAUCAAAUGUGACAUUUACCCCUUUCUUUUCACGUGGAUAUAACAUGAUUGGGUGGAAGCAAUAAAUACCAAAGCUUACGAAGGUUUUAAGCGGGUAUUGGAUCUUGUCUAAUACUUAGGUGUCGAAUAAACGUGUUUAAAAGUUGCCUAAGCGUGUUCAGUAUUUAACACUUAACAAAAAGAAAAAUCAACUCACAAGUUUGUAAUAUUUCAUGGUCACUAUUUAAUUCGAUAUUUUGUACUAUUCAUAGAUCAUGCUACGAGUUUGCGUGGGUGUAUUUUCUUCAAGCAUAAGUCUAAGUUGGCAUCUUUAGCCAAAGAUUUUGUUCAAAUGGUGAAGACAGCAGUUUGCUAAGACCAUUUAGGUGCUUCGAUCCGAUCCUGGAGGAGAGUUUAUGCCUACAAAGCUUCUUGCAUUCUACAAAUCAAAGGAAUUUUGCCUUAGGAAUCCUUCCCUGGUGUUUCACAUUAGAAUGAUCUUGUAGAACGCAAACAUAGACAUGUUUUGGAACUCACUAGAGCUCUUCUAUUUCACUCUCAAGUUCUAAAUCGUGUUUGGGUCGAAGCACUAUUGUGUAUUUAAUUAAUGAUAUCUUACGCCUUUGUUGGGACAGUGUUCGUCGUAUCAUAUUUUGUUUGGCAAGUCACCAGGUUAUUUAGCUCAGCGUGUUUUUCAGGGGUGUGUGUUUUGUCUUGUUACCUCGCAGAGAAUGUCAUAAGCUUCAACCGAAGACGACUUGUUGUGUGUUUGUGGGUUAUAGUGCUAAACAUAAAGGGUACUUGUGGUAUGACCCCGUGGAUCGUUGUAUGUGAAUUUCGUGCCAUGUUUUCUGGAGCAAGUAAUGUACUAUUCCAUGACCCUAGAAGAAUUACCCAAUAGUACUGGUUCCUUGGAUUUUUUCUCACUUCUUUUUUACCUCAGUUUGAUGCCAAUGGGCAUCAUAAGGAUGGGUUUCAUGAGAGCUCUUCCACUGCGUUGUCCUCCUCCACCUCCACAUCAAUUCUCGGUCAUUGGUAGUUGGUGGGUUUUUACGGUGAAGAUUCAUUUUGAUGGCACUCUUGACUGGCACGAAGCCAUAGUAGUGGCACAAGGUUUAUGCAUAUGAUAAGUUAUGUUGGUACCGGUCAAUUGCUUAGAUAGCAAAUAGUUACCUUACUUCCUACUAGGUGAAAGUUUAUGAUCUUGAUGUGUCUUCUCAUUAGGUGGAAGCUCACACAUACUGAUUGAUGUCGGUCAGUGUGCUAGUUUAGUAGAGUUUGAGACCCCCUUUUGUAUAAAACAAUACGAAUGAUGUACUAUGCAUUGCACGAGCAUAUUUAUUUAUUUAUUUAUUCAAGCAUGUUAUUGUGAAUUGCUCCACCAUUAAAGCAAAACUAUGAUUAAAACUGACUCCACGCCCGCAUUUAGGUGCUGCAGGGAAUCAAGAUUCAAGAGCAUCAAGAUAAAUGGUAGGGACAUAGUUGUUGCCCAAGAUGUCAUCACAAGGGUUAUAAGUGCCCCGAAUAGCUUCCAUCGGAACUGAUUUAAGUUUAUACAUUGUUGGUGGACUUGAGAGUUAAUGAGGAUUAUGUUUGAAUACUACUUUAAGAAGGAUUUCCAUUGUAUUUUCGAAUAAUGUUUUUGUGACUUUUAUGCAUGUCUUAUUUGACUAAUAUCAAGGGUAUUUUGAUAAAAGUAGUGACUUUUAUCCAUAAUUUCUCUGCCGCUCCUCGCCUCCCCAUCAUUCAUUCCCUUGAUAGCAAUAAUAAAUUUGCAUCCCCUUUUGCAUCCCUACUAUUACAACUUACAAAUUAACCAAACAAUUGCAAUUUUUUUUUAAAUUGUGUUUACCCCUCUAAUUUACACUCUUUCCCUAUCUCGUUCUAACCGAACAAAGUGUAAAUAUCCAGAGUUCCAAUCCAUCAAUUUCCAGCACAAGUAGAAUCAAAUUUUACUCAGUUUAUCCAAUAUUAUGGACACAAACUUAGCGGUUGAAGGCGACAACAACUAAUUUGGAGUCCAAAAUGAAACCGAGCAUCCCCAACAACCUCCAAUUUAGUUGAAAACUGAAAAAGUGUUGCUUUUUUUGUUAAUAAUCCCCCAAACGAAAAUAGUAAGUAAUGUUACAUCACAGUCAUAGUCACAUUGAAAAUAGCGACUGUGCCUCCUCCAUUAUUUGGGAGAGAGAGAGAGCCACAGAGAAAGUGGAGCGAGAAAGACUGUCGCUUUCAGUGAGUAGUGAGUCAGUGCAUUGUGGAGGUGCUUCCAUGGUUGUCAAACCUGUGUCAUGCCAGCCCCUAGAACCGGAUUGAGCCGGGUAACCGGUUGGCAUGUCAACCAUGUAAUUGAUUGUUGACAGCUAUACAAAAUGAUAUCGUUUUAGUGAGUUCAAUUAAAAAAAAUGAAGAAGAUUUAUUUGUUGAAUUUGAAAGAUAAGUGUUUAUAUUAUUUGCUCGAUUCAAGUACGAAUGUUUAGAUUAUUAUGUAAUUUUGUUGUAUUCAAGUAUAAAAGUUUGAAUGUUGGCAUUAAAUAUGAAGAUUUUUUAUUUUGUUUGAAAUUUUGAAUUUUAUUUAAAUAUGAAUAUAGAUUUUGGAAAAAUUGUUUUCAAAUAUUAUAUAUAUAUAUAUUGGCGUUUUUUAUGCACUUACUUUUUUGGGUGCAUUCAAUGCACUUGCUUCAUAACCGUCAUUUUAAACAUGUGAUUUAUGUCAAAAUAAUGUCAAUCAUCACUUAUAGAUCUGACAAAUUAUAACCUGACCCGUUGACCCGACCCGAAACCGCCCGAAAAGUAGAAAAUUUUAUAACUCGAAAUCCGAAUGACCCAAACCAGAUUAACCCAUGAUUUUUUGUAUCGGGUUGAGUGGGUUAGCGGAUCGAAUUGUUAGACACGUUCCAUUUCAUAUGUCACUCCCGAAAUGAUAAAAUGACUCAUAAAUUGAUGAGAUUUUAAAAAAAAAAAUCACAAGGAUUUGAAAAACAUGUUCGGAGUUUAAGGAUAAUCAUAUAUCAUGUAUUUCUUGUAGCAAUAUUACUCUAGUGAUUAUUUUUUUUUUACGAUUUGUACAAUUUGUAUUUCAUUUCAUUAGCACGGGAGGAUUUGAGAAUCUGUUAAGUGACAUGUGUUAGGUAAACUAUUGUCAUGUACAUGUGAAGAUUUGUGUUCGUUAAAAAAAUAUGAAACAUGUUUGAUAUUGUUUCUGAGAGCGCUCAUAACUGAAAACAAUCUUUAACCCGACCCAAAAUCCGAUGAAUUUGGGGCAAUAUUUGACCCAAAAUUAGCCAACCCAACAUGACCCGAACAUUAACACUAGGUCCCAACCCGACUCGGUGUCCAGGUCGAACCCAUUGGUCACCUGUUCGAACUUGGUAUUCGCUCUGUCUCCUUGAAUACAUGCUGCUAAGCCAGACAUGAACAAAAAUAAACUUAUUGAAACACUAGUCAUACUCCAAACAUACCACUUAUCAAACCAACUAAACGACAUAAAUCGAUUUGACAAACUUACUUAUCUUCCACCCCCUUCAACAAAAUAAAAUAAACAAAAGAGCAAGCAAGCAACCAAAUAUCCUCUCUCUCUCUCUCUGUCUUUCUGAGUCAGUCUGGUAGCUCUGGCUGGCUGCCAUUCCCAAAUUUAUAUAAAUGGCCCAUCCAUCGUCAGCAUUUGCUCUGCUUUUCCCCAUCUUUUCUUUUUACAGUGAAGCUACUUAUUAUUAUUAACAGCUUCCCCUGCCCCGCAGCUAUUAACCCAACUAACCAAACCAUCAUUCCCCUGGUUUUCUCUCUCUCCCUCCUUCUCCAUUCAAUAUCAACAAUAAUAUAUUGCGAACUUUGCCUUUUGUACUUACUUCUCCCCUCUUUCUCUGUGCUUCCCCUCUUUAGCUUGACUGAUUAUCGCUGUUGUUGCUCCUGUUGGUGUUUGCAACUUGUUUAUCCCUCCCAACAAUCCCCCAUGGGAGAAUCAGAAGCUGUGUAGGCAGAGAGAGAAAGAGAGAGAGAGAGAGAGAGAGAGAGAGAGAGAGAGAGAGAGAGAGAGAGAGAGAUUUGGUUCGUGGGUUUGCUUGCAGGCACCAAUUAUGGACAUUGGGGGUUCAGGGGGAAACACUUUCCCCUCCCACCACUCUGUUUCUUCCUUCUCUCCUCCCAAUUCGUCCUCUUCUUCUUCUGUUACUUCGGCUGCCGAGUCGAACAGCAUCAAUGGGUUGCAAUUUGGGCAGAAGAUCUAUUUCGGGGAUCAUGUGGGUCUGCUCUCCACUUCUCCACCCGCCGCCAGGCCGCCUUCCGGCGCCGCCGCCAGGAAGGGUCCACAGCCGCCGCCGCCGCCGCCGCAGCAGCAGAUUAUCCCAAGGUGCCAAGUUGAAGGUUGCAGCCUGGAUCUGAGCGAUGCCAAGCCUUACUACUCCAGGCACAAAGUCUGCGGGACUCACUCCAAGACCCCUACCGUCAUUGUUGCUGGCUUGCAGCAGAGGUUCUGCCAGCAGUGUAGCAGGUUUCAUCAGCUCUCGGAAUUCGACCAAGGGAAAAGGAGUUGUCGCAGGCGGCUGGCUGGGCAUAACGAGCGCCGGAGGAAGCCCCCAUCUGGCUCGUUGUUGUCAUCUCGCUAUGGCAGACUGUCGUCGAGUCUUUUCGAUGAUGGUGGAAGUGGCAGAGGCGGCUUUCUUCUCGACUUCAGUGCAUUCCCCAGGUCACCCGGUAGAGAAGCAUGGCCGCCGUCUGGGCGAUCAUCUGAAACUGCAGCGGGAAGGUCGGUUCCCCAUCUCUGGCAGCAGAAUCCCCCGCCGAAUGUAUACCACGGUGGGACAGGGUUUCCAGGUUCGGGAGAAUGUUACAACAACACAGGGGUCGGCAGCAUCGUGGACUCGAGCUGUGCUCUCUCUCUUCUGUCAAAUCAGCAACAAUGGAGCUCUAGAAGCAGCGCAUCUUCGUCAAGUCACGCCAUCAGCGGCAGCAACUUGGUGGUGGAUGUGGAAGGAGCACCCAUCACAACUCCUCCCGGUGGUACUACUCCUCCUUACCAUAACACCUGGGGUUUCAAGGGCGGCAGUGAUGGUGGUGUUAGCAGUUCGCACGGGAUGAUGCAUUCUGAUCUCGGCCUCGGUCAUGUUCCACCGCCUUCGGGUACCAGCACUCAGCUGUCGAGUGAGCUCGACAUGUCGCUUUUCUCUCGGAGGCAGUUUAUGGAUAUGGAGGAGCAUUCCAGACCACCAUAUGGCUCCUCCGACAAUCAGCACAUCAACUGGUCGCUUUAAACAGCCUCUGCCGGUUUGUGUACUUGUUAAAGUUUUUUCCAACGAUGGGAAUGAAUCUCCAUCUAGUUUUUCUGCAACCAUGUUAAGGGACAACGGCUCGCGGAAGAACUUGGCUUUGAAGUAUGGCAUAACUUGUUCGCCUGUAUUUGCUAAAAUGAUGUACCAGGAUAAUGGAUGCUACAUUUGCUAUUGACUAAUGUAUUCGUCAUUAGCUAAUCUAUCGUCGGUGAUCGUGUCGCAUAAGAUGCAGAAAUGAGCCGAGAAUCCCUUCAUAAACCUGGGGAAGGCCAUAGACUGCACUUGCAAUGAGCUUUCACUCCUCAUGAGCUUGCAGCUGUUCGACGAUGGAUAUACAUUUUCACAAGCCAGUUCUAUCAGCCACCAACAUACUGUUCUGCCCAUCAGGGAGCUGGAAAAAUUGCGGGAUAAAACUUGUAAUGCAAGAUUCUGUGUCUGCACAGUAAAACAAGUAUACCUCUUUUGUCCUGUCACCGCUUCUUCUUCCUCGCCCUGCUCAUCUUCCUCAUUUUUCAUCCUUCUUGCAAGCAUUUCUUCUUCCUCUUCCUUUUGCUUUCUCUCCCUUUCAAUCCUGCGUUUCUCAUGCCCGCUUACUGCUGAUUUCGAGUUCUUCUUCGACGAUUGAAGAAGUGCUUGGGAUUCGAUGCUUAGCAAUCUGUAACACUAGGCAAAUCGCAUUGCAGCACCAAAUCAAACUUGAGCUAGGGUUUUGCUCGCCAGGCAUAAUUACCCAAUAGCUGAACAGCACCCAAAUUGGAACUUUGGAUGACUUUUUUCUUUCUCAAUUUCCAUGGAAGAUCUCACAAUGCUGAUACACUGCGAAGCAAGGGAAGCCUGAGCACGGAAUUGGAACAUCAUGGACCUUUUUGUUCGUUAACUUUGAUUUCGGGGGGUGUUGAAUGCCUCCGGGGGAAGGAACUGAGAGAAGUCUCCAGGUAGUCUUCUUCUUCACCUUCCUCUCGUCGUCCGGCAGCUCCCAGACCGACGGUUUCGGGCGAUUCCGCCAUUGUUUCAGACCUUCGAGAGAAGAAGAAGAAGAAAAAACACGGAAUGAAUGGGCCGCUAUUGG